GCGUCGUGUAAACAAAGCUUUGCCUCGUCUUCGUUUAUCUGCUUGAAGUUAGAGUAAUCUCAAAAACUACUGUGAUGGAUAAUGAAAUGGUUUCCUGUCCAUAUAACAAGGCACACAAAAUGCUUCGCAAACGACUACAGCAGCAUAUAAUUAAGUGCAAGGAGCAUUACAAGGACGAAAAAGAGCUAAUGGUUUGUCCAUUUAACAAGGCGCAUCUUGUUACGGAAUUGGAAUUUCAUCAACACACAAAAACUUGUGCUGAUCGUAGCAUCAUUGAGCACUAUCAGCUCAGUGCACCUGCAGAGCUGGAUGAUCAAACUAAACACGAUACAAUUGAAGCUGACGAGAACUGGGAUGAUGUAGAUGUACCCGACUACAAUCCGCAAGCUUAUGCCUCUUCGGCUAAUAUAGUGCGCGAGCCAAAUGGAAUGUUCCCUUCACAGCGUAAGGCCUUUGUCAAAGAAGAACGCAAACGUCUACUAGGUGACCAAUGCGACAUCGAAGAGGAAAGACCAACCAAAUCAGCUAAGACACCAAAGUCGCCGUCGUCAACUCCGCGAUCAGCACCAUAUAAAAUUCCACAUCAAACACGAAAAUAGAUGUAGAUUUUUGUUGUCGUAGUCGUAUAUAUUGCAUUAAUCCGGUUGACGAGGACAAUGUAAUGCACUGAGAUUCUCAAUUUUUUUUAAAGAUUGGAAAUCAAGUCUGAAUUUAUGUAUAUAUCUUUGAUAUAUCGGCAGAAUUUUAAAUCCUCACUUAUAUUAUAUAGCUUUUUAACAAACCAAAAAUUUAAAAGUUGUAUUUUACAAAUUUGAGAAAAUGCACUUUCUUUAUUAAAAAAAAACAUUUUCCCACUCCACACAUUGUUUUUUUUUCUUAUUAUUGACACUAAAGCAUUACAGUAAAAACGGUAAACAGUGACGUUGGUCAUU